GUCACCGCUCUCCGUUUCUCAGCUGCGUGUCUGCUGGAAGGAAGCAGGGAUGUCGGGUACCAUGCUGCUGUCUGCGCUCUGGGCUCUGUGUCUGCUGUGGAGGGCCGGUGCCAUGGAGCGAGGUCCGCUCAGUCUAAACGAGAUGUUCCGGGAGGUGGAGGAGCUGAUGGAGGACACUCAGCACAUGCUGGAUGAGGCGGUGCACCAGAUGUCUAAUGAAAGUGCUAAAUUCUCCUCAUCCUCUCUGGAUUUGCCGCCCAGCUACCAUACCCAGACCAGAAAGACUGUAAAAGGCAGCGAUGGGGAGACUCGAGUCCUGGAUCGAACUGACAAGGAAACCGACAACAGGACAGGAGAGACUCAUGUUUCCCACGUGCAUAUGGAGGUUUCUGGCCAGUGGAACAGCGUGAAUCAUGAGUGCAUGGUAGAUGAGGACUGUGGGGAUCUGAAAUACUGCCUAUAUGAGAUUGAAAACUCCAAGUGUCUUCCCUGCAUACCAACGGAUAUGCCGUGUACAAAGGAUGAGGAGUGCUGCUCAGAUCAGAUGUGUGUUUGGGGUCAGUGUACAGCGAACGCUAUCCAAGGAACAGCCGGGACGAUCUGUCAGGGUCAGAGCGACUGCAGCACGGAUCUCUGCUGUGCCUUUCAGCGAGAGUUUUUGUUUCCAGUAUGCAGCCCCAAACCUGCAAAAGGAGAGUCAUGCCUGAACCACCCCAACCUUCUGAUGGACAUGCUGGAAUGGGACCAGGAGGGCCCCAGAGAUUACUGCCCAUGUGUAGGGAACCUGCAGUGUCAGCCCCACAGUCGUGGAUCUGUGUGUGGAGAGAAGGACUGACCGUACUGUUGUUUCAAACGAGCCAAUCAGCUGUUUAGUUUGAUGGUGUCCCAUAUGAACAUCACCUGCACCCUUAAUACUAUUUAUAAUUAACUGCAAAACUACAUUUUAAAACACUAAAGGGAAUAAAUGAUUACAAAUUUGUUUCACCACUGUUCUCUUAUUUGAUUGUUUUUAUUAAUUUAUUUUAUUAUUUCGCCGGAUUCCUUAAAGAUGGAGAAUUCGGUCCUUGAUGUUUCAAAUUUCCAUCAUAAAUGUUCCAUUAGAUCUAAUAUUUUUCUUGGCUUUAUGACCAAAUAAAUCACCAUUCUGAAUAAU